UCGUUAGUCUUGUUGAGCUGCUUAGCUGCUGGUAAAGAGCGGUAAAAUAUAUAAUGCAAAUCAGCCUGAUAAUGUGUGUAUGCAAUUUGUAUUUGAAAACAGUAUUAAUUAUAAUUGAAAUUGAGUGUGUUAAAGCGUUGUGACGCAAAAGCAGAGUUUUAAGGCUCUGACUGAUAGUGGUUACAGAUGUUCUUUCCAGGAAGUCUUCCUUCUUUAUUUACUAACCAAUAAUCGUAAAUUUUUGCAAAUAUUUGUUUAUGAUGGAUCCAGAAUCAUGUUAUGAUGAAAGAGUAUGUGCAACAUUGAACGCCGAAAAGCAUGAGACAAGCUGUGCCAGUCAAGAGAGGCCUAGUGUCAGUGAUGUUCCAGCAUUAAUACCAGCUUCACAAAAUCGAAUAGAACAGUAUUCAAGUGUAGCUAGUGGUCAGAGCGUAACGCCAGCUGUAAGAACCAAUCUUUUAACACAAGCUGUUGAGCGUUAUAAUAGAUUGCAUGACAGGCAGAAUGCUUCAUCCACAACCUGUGGCCCAUGUAGUUUGUCAUCUCGUACAAUUUGCAGCAUGCAAACCAAGGGGUCUCAACCAGAAAAUUAUAUAGGUAACGGUAAUUACUGUACUCAGGGUGUCAGACGUUUUGGUGUAGAUGUUGAAGCAACACAACAUUCUCAGAGUAGUAGUAAGAAUUGCAAUGAAGAGCGUCACAGAAAUGUUAUAGGGCAAGAAACUAUGUAUACACCGAAUGCUUCUACAGCUGUUGUAGUAGAAUCAGCUCCACAGGAAAGGGAACAGUCAGUUAGACCACCUCUUGUAGGCCAAGCUUCAGCUUGUGACAGUUCAACAGCAGUGCAAGAUAUGUUGUUGCCAGCCGUCGGUAAUACAGGAGCAGAGGAUAACUCUGAUCAUUCAGUUCAAGAGGACUUACUGCAACACACUUACACUGAAAAGGAAACUGAUUAUUCUGGAGCCAUAAAAGAAACCCAGUUACAUAAGGCAUUUUGCUCUGGUAAUAGUUCAACAGAAGAUAAGGAUUUAAAACUCUAUUCUUGUUCACAAGGAAAAGAAGAUAAGACAGAGGCUUCUAGAGAUGUGAAAGUUUUGUGUGAAAUAAAGGAAGAUUUUGUCUGUGGUAGGGCUGCAGAGCCUCGAGACUGUCACGUUUCAGGUAGGGUGUUUAUGGCAGUGCCAUGCCCAGCUGACCCUCAGUACCAGACUUACAUGUCAUCAAGUCAAAAUCAGGAUAGUUCUGCUGUAGCAACUGAAGCAGUGGGAAGUGGUAGAGCCCCCUCACCUGCAUCUGUCUCCAGUGUGACAUCAAGCCGACGUCUAGAAUGGGAUAGUGGUGCUGAUGUUGGGUAUCAGAAUUACCAACCUGAGAAUGGUGAAUCUUCUCCAAAUGAGGGUCUCAGUACCAUAGAAAGAAUUGCUUUAGCAAGAGGUUGUUCUGCUGCAUUGAGACUUGAACCAGAGGGUACAUCUGGAUCAGUGCAGCAGCUGAAUACAGUACAAUUUAAACCUGUUGCAAAAAGUUCAAAAUUUGUUUGCAAGAAGCCAUUGGCUGUAUCAACACCUGUAGAAUUUGGGCAGAGAGUUGCAAGCUGUGUAACAGGAACUGAUAGUGAAAGUGAAAUAAUACCAGAUGUGCAGUUGCAGGCAGAAAGGUGUAUCUUUCAUGGAGAGGAACACAGUUGUCAUUUAGCUGAAAAGAAAUCCACUUCUGUUGUGCAACAGAAGGUUCCGAGUUUACAGUUUAAAGGACAGGAAAGCUGCAGUGUUGUCUCCUCUCUGCGUGAUCUCCGUGAACUUGGGCAUCCUCGAGCAAGUAAGAACUUGCUUUGCCGAAGUCAGAGUUACCAGAGUUUGUUCUCAAAGGAAGAUCACAAAACUAAGGCUUUUCAGGACUCUAAUAAUGGUUCAUAUCCUUUGCGGCAUCAGCAUAAAAGGAACAAUGGUUUAACUGCAUGUUCCCUAUCAUCAUCUUCAGUAUCUACCGUAGUCACAAACCAUGAAUGUACUAGGAUACCAGAUAAACCAAUUCACACUUCAGAAUUUCAUGUGCCUGUUAGAAAUUCUAUUGGCAUUCGGGUAUCAGAAACUGAAAAAGGCCCUAAAUCUCUGUGUGCCACACCAAAUUGUAAUCGGAAACAUGAUGACAGUGCUCUAAAACACGUUGCAGCCUUGAAUCCUGAACAAGAAAUAAUGUUAGAGGGCACAGACUCAGACAUAAUUGACAAAACUGAUAGUGCAGUGGAAGAUGCAAGAACUGCUGAACAUAAUCCAAAACAUAUGUUUGUUUUGAAACAGAAUUAUGUUCAUGUUUCAAAGGUACAGCCUCAAAAACAAUCCUACCAAGAGAUGAAACCCUGUAAAUUACUACUGGAUAACACAAAAAUUGAAAAUGGGGGUUCUGCGUUUUGUAAAGGCGUUCAGAAGAGAAGAAGCAUUGAGUGUCAGUGGGGUUUGUCAGCAAAUGGAGCACCACAGAAACUUACUGAGACAGCUGAAGGGAAAUUAAACGAUAUUGGUAAACCGUCGUUGGAGAGGAACCAGAGUGAAGAAGACUCUACAGAAAAGAAUUCUGGAACGUUAGAUAGUGUAACAAGUAGCACACAGACAGCAGGCUCAUGGUUUCUGGGGGAGACUCCCCAGUCAACAAAUGAGAAUCAAAAUGUAAGUGGCCGAAGAGGUUCAUCUGGUGUAGUUGGUAGUGCAAACAGUUUCGAAUAUCUUCCUGGCCAUGUUUAUGAAAACAAUACACUUGCACUUGAUAAAAACUUGUAUAGAAACACGACUGCAGGAUGUUCGUUUGCAGAAAGUGCAUCAUCUCAACCAGUGGCAAGUUUUGCAGACAGUAAAUUUGAAGCCAGUAAUGACAUGUCCUGGGGGUCAUCUGUUUCAAGCUCUUUCAUUAGGGAUAUUGAAAAGGGUAUAUCUAUGCUUAAAGAUCUUUUAAAUGCAAAAUCAUACAAUUCUGACAAGAAAAAGAAGCUUAUGCGACAAGUGGUGAAUAGGCUGAUUGAAACGAGUGAUGCUGAAGGUAAAGUAGUACUGGAAUCGAAUGUAGCGUGGGUGCCUCCCAAAUCACAUUCAGCUGCUUGUGUAAACGGUCACGCUGUCCAGGAGGCCAGUCAGGAAGUUGUGAGUGGUGGACGUAAGAUGAGAAGAACAAUGGAGAGGGGAGAGGUGUCAGGUGAAUCUGGCGGUGAACAGCAAGGUGGCAGCAACCCUCGGCUACACCAGACAUCUCUUGUAGCUGACAGAGGUACUCAGUCAGUGCUGUCUGAAGCUAGUGGACCGUCCUCUCUGUCAGUAAGUCGUGCAGACAGCAGGGCUGAGACAACCACAAGUACCACACAAGGGCGUGCUGGUUCUUCGUCAACUAAUUCCACAUUCCCUAGAAACUGGAAAGAACUAACCACACAGUCAGAAAGAGAAUAUGAGCAGUGCAGGCACAAGCCAGGGCGACAAAGCAUCAAGUCAGUACUACUCAGCCUCUGUGAGACAGAAAGAGAAAGCCAGCUGUCCUGGAUUUGCACGGAAAUUCGUCAUCUGAACAAUCUGAAACAAUUACUGGAGAAACAGAAGAAACUGGGAAGUGAUCUUAUGGACCUUGAGAUUCAGACUUAUGGAGGAACCCAUAAGAAAAGACGAGAUCCUGUAUCUUCCCAGAAGAGCAGUGAAGUUAGUGCUGAGCCUGAGUCAGUUAGGUCGGAUGGUACAUACAGUAGCAGUAUUAGAGAGGCACAUCUCAAAGAAAUUGAAAUUGAACGUAACAGAUCAGUUAGAACUCAUCGUUACAAACAUAUCAAGCCAAGUAUGCAGUUGAUGAGCCCUAAAGUACCAGAGAAGCACAGUGGAACUGAUAAGUUCUCAGUAAAAGUACCUCAGAGUUCAUCAGACUCAGAUAUGAAAACAGUUGUUUCAAACAGAAAGGAUGUUUUUACUCAAUUUCCUACAUCAGCUAAAUUAUGCAACAUAGAAAUCAAUGAUAAAUUACGGGUGGAAGAAAAAGGAAUUCAGGCACCUACAUCAUCAAAUGUGUCAACAAAUGGGGAUACAUAUGAACUGAUCGGUGGUGUAUUAUCAGACAGCACAGCUUCUGGAAGAAUUAAUGUGUUCAUGCAGACCAGAGAUAAGAAGUUUGUAACAAAGGAAGAUUCUCAAAGAUCACAGGUGAUCAAUAAAUAUAUAGCAGAAGCAUCAAAAUCUAAUGAAUUCAGAAAAGCUAACGUGAAACAGUCAGAAUUGAAUGAAAGCACACCUUUAUGUUGCUGUGAAUGCAAGAAACUUCUGGGUGAGAUCAGUUCAGAUCUCAGAUCUACAAAACAAAGAUCUGUAGGUAAUUCUGUUGAACGUCAUAUGAAGAUGAACAGCCUUGUUGAUAAACAGAAAUAUGUUCCAUCUUCAGGUAGAAAAACACAAUCAAAAAGUGUGGAUAACAGUUCUGCCAGAAGUUGUACAUUCUCUUCUUCUGGAACGAUGGGUGAUGCCAUUGAAUUAACUCAUGAUUCAGAUCACGUGCAGACAUCAGUAGCUACUGAAACAACUGGGAAUACUGGAGUGCAAACAACACAGCCACUAAGUUCACUGCCUCUGAUACGACCACAGUGGUAUUCAGUGGUCAGUCAGGGGACACAGAAAUUGUCGAGCAAAGUAGAAAAUGGUAUAGAUGCAAGUCUUAAGAAGUGUCCUUGUUGUGGUGCUUCUGAGGAUAAGACUGACUCCAUUUUAAUAUCAUCACAUAGUACUGCUGGUGAGUGGAAAUGCUACAGGUGUUUGAAGAAGGAGCAGGAUAAAAGGCACAAUCGGAAAUGCCAAAUUUGUGGUGUGUUAGAAUCAGAGCAAAAUGGCAUUGCAGACUGUGAUACAGUGUGGAAAUGUAGCGACUGCUUAGCGAAGCUGUUGGAUAAAGGAAAGCCAGUGUUGGAUAAAAGCAUUCAGUGUGGACUUCAGAAAGGCUGUGAGAAUGUUAAAGAAAAACAGGGAGAUGCUGGUAUCAGUAGCAGUAGCACGACUGCUAUGAAGGCUCCUGUUGGAUAUGUUGUAACCAUUGAGACAGCUACAGAUUCAGUCUCUUCUGUGGCAGAAAAGUCAGAAAAGAAGCCACUGGAAAAAAUCAGAAUUAAAGUUCCUGGAAAGAAGAGGCGUUCAGUCUCAUCCAAGAGAAAAGAGAAGGAAAAUUUAAAAACAGGUUUUUCAAACUCAAGCAUGAAGUCAUCUAAGCAAAAGCAAAAGCCAGCAGGAAGCACAGAAAACAGAUCUACAACUGAUUGUGCAGUUAUGAGGAACAAACAUUAUUCAAGAGAACAUACAUUGCAGGAAUAUCUUGCAGCAAAUCGUCCUGACUUUAUUCAGAGUGCUGAGUACCGUAGACAGUGCCUUGAUGAGCUCUCAUACUUACGAGAACUUAGACAGAAGAGCAAACAGAAGCUGUUGGCACUUGCAAGCAGCACGUCUCAUUUUCGUGGAGACAGCACUGAGUUGAUCAGUACAGGACCCUUACCUCCUCCACCACUGGCUGUAAAGAGAAUAUUCAGCCAGCGCACAAUGCGCGCACAGACAGAAUGCAAAUAUCGCAACCUGCCAGAAGUGCUCAAUAAGAAAAUAGAUAGGAAGAGGAAAGAGGACUAUCGCACCAAUAGACUCAUGGCUGAGAUUUUUGCGAGGAAACUGCAGAAGAGAGUGCUGAAGGGUGAUGUAAAUCUCUCCAACAGCAGGAGUGUGAUUUCCAAUAUAUGAAAUGUUGUUUUCCACUUGGUGCUGGUUUAUUUGUGUUAUGACAAGAGCCACGUUUUAGCUCCCCAGUGUUUUAUAUGUACCUAAAGAUGCAUCAUAUCAAUUUCUUUUUGUAUUAAAAAUAAUUACAAGGCAAAAAAUAUAUUAAUAUUGCUCCUUCA